AUGGAAGGUGAACAAGGUGAUUUAAGUCUCGAAGAUAUCAGGGUUGCAAACUACAGCGACCGCUUGUUAGGAAAAACGUUAUACAAUGAUGGCUAUUCUGAAGGCAUAUCCAACAAUAACACUACGAAAGGCUACAGGGCCUUGAGCCGGUGCGUGUGCGAACUCACCGUCGCAUUGACAUUCUUGCUCGGUCGGUUGAAACGAGCGAACGUGCCAGGAACUACCUAG